AUGGGUGCCAAGAAGAAAGAAAAGGCGGCGCCCGUGCCGGUUGCCUCCAAGAGUGCAUUUUGCUUCCCUGACCCAGACAGGACAGUCCAGCUUUCCGUGCCGGCGGUGGCGCCACCAGUCGACUUCGAGGAGGAGGGAGCGGCCACGGAUGACGCCAACCUGACCUCCCUGGCGAAUGGCCUGCCACGAAAAGUCCAGCUACAGCACCUCCCGCUCUUGACCCACCCUGUCAGAAUCAGUGCCAUCGACAACUUCUUGACUGAGGAAGAGUGCCUGGGUUGGAUCGCCUGGGGAGAGGGGAAGGGUUUUGAGGAGGCCAAGCAGAAGGCCAACUCGGUGUACGCCCACCGGGACAACGGCCGGAUCGAGUUCAGCAGUCCUGACAUUGCUUAUCUACUCUGGCUGCGGAUCAAGAACUUCGUCCCCGACUACGUGGGGAAACCUCCCCGGGCCGCCCUCGGCUGCUCGCCGCGCAUCCGCGUCUACCGCUACGUCAAGGGCCAGCGCUUCGGCCAGCAUGUGGACGGAAGCCGCGACGAACCGGAGAUGGGUGGGCGCACACACUUUACCGUGCUCGUGUACCUGAAUGGCGGCCACCGUGAGUCCAAGGACCUGCAGGUGCGCGGGGGCGAGACGGUCUUCUGGAAGGAUCACGAUGGCAAGCGCCCUGCGCUUGCUUUUCCACCCACUCGAGGUGUUUGCCUCUUUCAUGGCCACGGCGAUGAGUGCAUGACCCACGAGGGUGCAGGCGUGGAGGAGGGUGUGAAAUACGUUCUUCGCACUGACGUCGUGUACGAGCUGGAAAAGUAA